AAAUGAAAGAGACAAGUCCAAAUUUUCUUCCUUCUUCUCUCUAAUUUUAUUUUUGUUGUUUCUGUGCUUUGUGGGGGGGUUUAUUUGUGUUUGGUUGGUAGAGAUUCUUCUCUUUUUCUCUCUUGUUCAUGCUUCGUUUGUAUCGGUGAUCAUCGUCGUCGUCGGUGUUUUGGUAACUGCACAUUUUUCAGAUCAAAGAAAGAAGUUACUGAAAUGGAUAUACCACACGAAGCUGAGGCUGGAGCUUGGGGAAUCCUCCCUGGCUUUGGUCGUCACCAUCAUCCUUCCAGCGAUGCUACUUUGUUCUCCAGUUCUUUACCUGUUCUUCCCCAUGGAAAACUUCAAAUGAUUGAUAACAGAGAUAGUUUCUCAAGGAUAGAUGAUACGGCUGUUUCUCGUGCAAACAAGUUUCACGAAAGUGUUGAUGACGUUGAAUCUCAUUCCAUUGGAAACCUGCUUCCUGAUGAAGAAGAUCUAUUGACAGGGAUGAUGGAUGAACUUGAACUGGGCGAGCUACCAGAUGCUGAUGAUUUCGAUCUUUUUGGUAGUGGAGGAGGAAUGGAACUUGACACUGAUUUUAGGGACAACUUGAGCAUGACUGGUCCUCCAAGAUUGUCCCUUUCAAGUCUUGGUGGAAACGCAAUUCCGCCAUUUAAUAUUCAAAAUGGUGCUGGCACUGUUGCUGGUGAGCAUCCUUACGGUGAACACCCCUCGAGAACAUUGUUUGUCCGGAAUAUUAACAGUAAUGUAGAGGACUCUGAACUCAGAACUCUCUUUGAGCAAUACGGUGACAUUAGAACGCUCUAUACUACUUGUAAGCAUAGGGGAUUUGUCAUGAUAUCUUAUUAUGACAUUCGUUCUGCUCGAAUGGCUAUGCGGUCUUUACAGAAUAAGCCUUUAAGACGGAGAAAAUUGGAUAUUCACUUCUCAAUUCCCAAGGAUAAUCCAUCUGAGAAGGAUAUGAAUCAGGGGACAUUAGUGGUUUUUAACCUGGAUCCUUCAAUUUCUAAUGAUGACUUGCAUGGUAUUUUUGGUGCACAUGGCGAGAUCAAAGAGAUAAGAGAAACACCACAUAAGAGGCAUCACAAAUUCGUCGAGUUUUAUGAUGUUCGAGGUGCUGAAGCAGCAUUGAAGGCAUUAAACAGGUGUGAGAUUGCAGGAAAACGUAUAAAGGUUGAACCUAGUCGCCCUGGUGGAGCUCGUCGAAGCCUGAUGUUGCAACUUAACCAAGAACUUGAAAACGAUGAUUUGCAUUACCUACCUAUGAUUGGUUCACCCAUGGCGAACUCUCCUCCAAGUAACUGGCUGCUGAAUAGUCCUGUGGAGGGUAGUCCACUUCAAAGUGUACUUAGCAGGUCACCCGUUUUCGGGUUAAGUCCUACAAGGAACAGCCACUUGUCUGGUUUGGCGUCUGCUCUAAAUUCACAAGGACCAAGCUCGAAGCUUGCACCCAUUGGCAGGGCUCAAAUUGGUAGCAACGUCUUCCAACAGUCAUCACCUUUGUUCCAAGAGCCAAAGCUGGAUAACAAGUACACCGGAAAUCUCUCUCCUUCUGGUCCUUUGAUCUCAAAUGGAGGUGGAAUUGAGACGUUGUCAGGUUCAGAGUUUCUCUGGGGAAGUCCUAAUACACGCUCUGAACCUUCAAGUUCCUCGGUUUGGUCAACAUCAUCCACUGGGAAUCCACUCUUCUCAGCUCGGGUAGACCGAUCUGUUCCAUUUCCGCAUCAGCAUCAGAAUCAAAGUCGUAGUCAUCAUCACUUCCAUGUUGGGUCUGCACCAUCUGGUGUUCCUCUAGAAAAGCAUUUUGGAUUCGUCCCAGAGUCUUCAAAGGACACUUUAUUCAUGAACAGUGUUGGUCUUCAAGGAAUGAGUGGAAUGGGUCUCAACGGUGGAAGUUUCCCGUCAAAAAUGACAAAUAAUGGGAUCAUGAACCCUGGAAGCAUGGCUGAAAACGGGUUUUCAAGUUACAGAAUGAUGUCUUCACCGAGAUUCUCCCCCAUGUUCUUAAGCAGCGGUCUAAACCCAGGACGGGUCACCUCUGGCUUUGACGGUUUGUAUGAAAAUGGAAGGCCUCGUAGAGUCGAGAACAAUUCGAUCCAAGUUGAAAGCAGGAAACAGUUUCAACUUGAUUUGGAAAAAAUUCUUAAAGGAGAGGAUUCUCGAACCACCUUGAUGAUUAAAAACAUUCCAAACAAAUACACCUCAAAGAUGUUGUUAGCUGCGAUUGAUGAGAAGAACCAAGGGACUUACAACUUUCUCUAUUUGCCCAUUGAUUUUAAGAACAAAUGCAAUGUUGGCUAUGCAUUCAUCAAUAUGCUCUCUCCAGAACUCAUCAUUCCAUUUUAUGAGGCUUUUAACGGGAAGAAGUGGGAGAAGUUUAACAGUGAGAAAGUAGCUUCACUAGCAUAUGCUCGGAUACAAGGAAAAUCUGCCCUUAUAGCCCAUUUUCAGAACUCAAGCUUGAUGAAUGAAGAUAUGCGUUGUCGUCCUAUUAUCUUCGACACCCCUAACAAUCCAGACACUGUUGAACAGGUUGUUGAUGAGGAAAUUAAGAAUGUGGAUCUCCUUGACUCUCAGCUCGAUGAUGAUGGCAGAGAGAGAAGCUGACAUAAGAGUUAAAGAGGACUUUGAGUGUUGUAAUAUGGCUGUUUUUUUUUCCUAAGUACUAAUUUUAACCGUACAUAUUGGUGAAAAGGCAGAGUUAACUGACGCUGAUGCAGCACCCUGCAGAGUGUGUUUUCGAUUUGCAGGUUUGAAAAUGCUGCCUGCAGCUGUCGGAGAGUAUUUACUCUGUUUUCGUUUCUUUCUUCAUGUUUUUUUUUGGUUCCAUGGAGUAUAUGUAAAAAGGAAAAAACCAUGAAUACUCGGUUUUAUGUGGGUAUUAUGUUGUAACUCUUGUUACUUCUAUUAUAAGCUUUGGCAAUUUGUACAGUAA